GGCCUAAGUACUUCCGGGUGGCGGCGCGCGGGCCGGAAGCGGCGCGCACUUCCCUUCCCGCGGCGGCGGCGCCAUGGAGGUGGCGGGGGCCGAGCGGCGGCGGGAGCGGCGGCGGCGGGCGGCGGUGAAGGCUGAGAAGCGGAGUCCGCGGCGCUCCGGCUCCCGCCCCCGCUCCGCGCGGGGCAGUCAGUCGCCGCCGGCCGAGGAGCGGCGGGGCCCGGCCGGACCGCACCGGGGCGGCCGCGGCAGGAGCAGCAGAUCGCCCAAAAGGAAGGAGAAGGCGUCGGGCCGGAGGAGCAAGUCCCCGCGGAGCAGGAGGAGCCGGAGCCCCCAUCACGUCGCGGUCAAAGUCAAGCAGGAACGAGAUGAUCAUCCUCAUAGAGGAAAUGAGGAACGAAAGCAGAGAAACCCAUCAGAACAAGAACACAGGCGAGAUAGAAGUGGUGAGAGAGAUAGACACAGAGAUCACUCAGACAGAAGGAAAAAUGCUAAUGAAAGGCCUGGAGGCCGAGGCCAUGAGCGAGAAAGGGAUGUUCAGAACAUCCGUGAGCAGCAAGCAGAGAGGGAAUUUUAUAAUGAGAGAAGACGAGAGCAUCGGCAAAAGAAUGAAGCGAGUGGUAUUAACCAGAAUCCAGAACUCGGGCAAUCUGAUAAUAAACCUAAAGAUACUGUAAAAAAAGAAAAGCCAAGUUUUGAACUGUCUGGUGCGCUUCUGGAGGAUGCCAACACUUUCCGAGGUGUCGUGAUUAAGUACAGCGAGCCCCCGGAAGCUCGGAUUCCAAAGAAACGGUGGCGCCUCUAUCCUUUUAAAAACGAUGAGUUUCUCCCAGUCAUGUACAUUCACAGACAGAGCGCUUACCUCCUGGGCAGGCAUCGCAGAAUAGCAGAUAUUCCUAUCGACCAUCCCUCCUGCUCAAAGCAACAUGCUGUCUUUCAGUAUCGGCUUGUGGAGUACACCCGUGCUGAUGGUACAGUUGGCCGCAGAGUAAGGCCUUAUAUCAUUGACCUUGGUUCUGGCAACGGUACUUUUCUAAAUAACCAGCGGAUUGAACCUCAACGUUACUAUGAACUGAAAGAAAAGGAUGUGUUGAAAUUUGGGUUCAGUAGCAGGGAAUAUGUUCUUCUCCAUGAAUCUUCAGAUAAAUCCGAGGCAAACACAAAGGACGAUGACGAGGAGGAGGAGAAGGAGGAAGAGUCUGACAGUUAACAGAUCAGAAGGAAAUUGGGGGGUAAAAAAAAUCUUUCCAGUAGAACAUGCAUUGGGAUGUAAACAUUGGAGCAUCGAAGCACUGAUGCCUCUUAUUGCCUUAAAGUCCUUCUUCUGUUGCUGGUCUGUUCUUGUAGUUUAUUUGGGGACUUAAUCAUCUUCGAUAGUUCUGCUUAUCAGGAAAUCCAGCUUUUUUCUAAGCUCGUUUCCCCUGACAAAGAAAAAAGAGCACCUGGAUGUGAAAGCUGUGGUGCUGGAAAUAUUCAACAGAUGUUGAAAGACUAUCCUCUUCUAGUAAAUGAUGUAAAACACAGUGGGCAUAUUUAAAGUUAUUUUUAUGAACUGUUUUGUCAUAACCCUUUGAAAAUGCUACUUAACUUAAAAAUUAGGUAGAAACUAGCCUGAUAUAUUUUAUCUUAUUUGGUAGGAUUUGCCAAAUUUGUAUGCCUGUUAGAAAAUCUAGACAGGAGAACUUACCAAGUUUCACUACUAAAGAGGCAGAAAUGUUGCAAAGCCCCUCUUGUAUUUGUAUGUUUUGGGUAGUUAGUUUGCAUUGUAAUAACUUUUCAGGGAUGGGCAUUUUACCAGAAUACCUUGGAAUUUACAGGUAUUAUAGUUUUAAAUGAAAGGAAAUGCUUCCUAGGACUUCAGGUUAUGAUACUAUGGUUUUGGGGGUUGAGGUCUGAGUCAGUAUAUGCCCAGUAUAUGUUAAAACCAGAUACUGAAAUUGUUAUUGGAUGUUGAAUAUCCAGUUCUGAAGCUGAGUCCUUUUUUUUUUUUGAUAACACCACAGCCCGAUAAAUAAUUUCUCCUUGUUUCUAUUACAUGUAGAUACCUGCUAUGUGAUGACAUGUUUUCAACAGAGUUUGCACUAUUUAAGUUUUCUUUAUAUAAAAACUUAUACUGUCAUUUGUUUGAAGUAUUCUUGUUUUCUCCUGUAAAAGAAAACAUGCUUUAGGAGGGGGGAAAAAAUCUACUUAAUGAAAGUACUUACAUCUUGCAUAUUUUUGGAUGUCUCCUUCCUGCACUUUGCUUUAUGAUAAAAGAAAGGUAACAUUUUUCACUUGGUUUACUAACUUUGCCUAGAUGUUUGUUCUGUGGUCACCUAUGCUAUUCAUACAUGCUGUGUGUAUACUUUGUAUAUACAAAUGUUACAUUGUAUACACAGAGGGAAAUGUUUGUGGUGUAAAUAUGGGACAUCAAUGUAGGGUUUUCAAACAGUAGGUAGAAGGAUGUGUUUUGAAUAAGAGGGUCUCAUUUAUAUAUGCUCUAGGGAUUUUUAAAUAAAGACUUUGUAAAUUUAGCCCUAA